UUUUUCAGCUCGGGAGGGGGAGACAGACAGGAAUGAAAGCUCUCCCUCAGAGAGUCGAUGAGCAGGUUGGGUUUCGGUCGCGAAUUGAACGUUUACUGACCGACCGGCGAACAGGAGGAGUUGUCGAAAUCCUCGUCCGUACUUUCCAGACAGCAGCGCGAAUGGAGACGAGUGCACGAGCCGGAAUAUGUGCAGACCUUGCUCGGAGCGAGACACGAGUCUAGGAUACUGAUUAGAGCUGAAACAAACCCAGCUCCAGUAGCAACUCUAUCCACACUUCACCUCCAACCCCCUCCUUCGCUCCUCAACCAGGAAAUCAUCGUGCUGUGCUGCUUAUCCUUCUUCCCACAGAUUGAACAAAAACACCAGACCCCUCCGUGGGUUGAUCCAUGAGGAUCUCGUCGGUUUCUCUACUGUUUUCUCCUCUGGAAGUUCGGCUUUACGUCUGAAGAGGAUCCCCGCUGUCGUCGAACAAUGAGUGAGUCAAGUAUCUGUCAGGCACGGGCCACGGUGAUGAUCUACAAUGAUGCCGAUAAGAAGUGGGUCCCGGCAGGCACGGGUCCCCAGACAUUCAGCAGGGUCCAAAUCUACCACAACCCCAGCAAUAACAACUUCAGAGUGGUGGGACGCAAGAUGCAGACCGACCAGCAGGUUGUGAUAAACUGUCCAAUUGUAAAGGGAUUAAAAUAUAAUCAGGCCACGCCGAACUUCCAUCAGUGGCGGGACGUUCGACAGGUGUGGGGCCUGAAUUUUGGCACCAAGGAAGAUGCAGUGCUGUUCGCCAAUGGCAUGACACAUGCGCUUAACGUCCUCAACUCCAUGCCUGAUGGAGGUUACCCCACACGACCUGUGUCCAAUGGACCAACCCCAGAAGAGCUGGAACAACAGAAAAGAUUGGAAAUGCUGAGGUCGGAGCAGCUAGAGCGAGACAGACAAGAAAGAGACCGACUUGAAAGAGAGCGACUGGAAAGAGAAAUACAAGAAAGAGAGCGACUGGAAAGAGAAAGACAAGAAAGAGAACGGCAGGCAGCUCCAGUAGUCAUUCCUCCAGCACCACCUUUGGCCCCUGGAGGCCCUCCGGCUCCCCCUGGACCUCCACCUCCCCCUGGGCCCCCUCCGUCUGGACCUCCACCUCCACCUGGACCUCCUCCCUCAGGAGGAGGAGCUCCACCUCCACCGGCUCCUCCUCUGCCCACUUCCGGAGGAGGUGGAGGUGGGGGAGAAGGAGGACUAGGUGGCGGGGGUCUCGCCGCUGCCCUGGCAGGUGCCAAACUCCGCAGAGUACCCAAGGAUGAUGUUGGUAGUGGUGGAGGUGGAGGGGGCCCUGCUGUGGCGCCAACUCCUAAAGCAGACAGCAGCCGCAGCAGUGUGUCUUUGCCCAGCGGAGGAGGAGGCCUGAUGGGAGAGAUGAGUGCAAUUCUAGCACGAAGGAGAAAAGCAGCAGAUAAAGGGGAGAAGGCACCCCCCAAAGCAGAGGAGCCCAGUAAUGAUGAUUCUGACGCUCAAGGCCCAGGUGAAUUUAGGAGACCAUGGGAAAAAUCUGCCACAAUGCCCAGGACUAACUCCGCACCCAGAGGUCUGGAGUCACCCUUCUCCUCUAGCUCACUUACCAGGAUGAAACCCAGUAGCCAAUCAGCAGACUCCGAAAGUGGAGAAGGAGAGUCAGAGAUGGAACGAAUUAAACAGGAACUGCUUGAGGAGGUGAGAAAAGAGCUUCAGAAGGUUAAGAAUGAAAUCAUUGGAGCCUUUAUUCAGGAGCUACAGAAACGAGGCUCUACAUAGUCCCACAUAAACUGAUGAGAAGGGAUCACUCAGUCCUGAGAACCCAGGGAUACACACACACUCACACACACACACACACACACACACCCAGGGACUUAACCCUUAAUCAUUAUCAUUCAACACAAGAUGAGCUUUCUUGUACCUUUACCUGCCAAUGUUUUCUUUCACAUUUUGUUUCCCAUUUAAUGUUUUACACACCAUACACAUUGUCACCUUCAUGCUUGAUUCCUAUAAAACACUGUGCAAGAAUCCUCAUCAUAAACUCAAGACUUGCCUAAAGUUAUUGUAUUCAGGGAAUAUAGCAUAUCAACUAUCCCAGUGACUGUAAUUGCCAUAUACAGACCUGCAGAGGUAUGAUGUGACAAUAAGGAAGCGAAAACAAGAUGGAUCUUAGAGAAAAAGACCUGCAGUCACACACACUAUCUUCCACACACACACACACACACCUUGGAUCGUCCGCAUCAUCAGGUCAGGUCCCACUCUUGCGCUUUAUGCUGGGAAAUUUUCACAUCAGACCUGGUUUAGGGAAGACAAAAGCAUAUUUCUCAUUUGAAUUUGAAGCUCAGAGCUGUGUGUUUCAUUUGUGUGGAUGCAUGUUUGUGUUUAUGGAUGUAUGACUGCACUUGACUCUGUUUAUCAGUGCCAUCUUGUAUGCGGUCACCUGAUCGGGUGGUGUGAAUAGCUUCAGCCCUCAUUCGAGAUGUUUUUAAACUUUGUGUUGAGAUAUGAAAUAAUAUGGCCAUGAUCAUUUUUGUCUUUUGGCCAUGCCAAACUGCCUUGGAAAAUACAUAUACAUAUAAAUAUAUAUUUGUUUUGAGGGAAAAAGAUAGAAAACUUGAGAUAAUGUUUCUAUUUUAAUUGAAAUGAUUGGUGAAUGGGGAUUUAUUUUGAUUAUAAUGUUUUCAGAGAUUAUUUUCAGUUUUCUGUUAAUUUUUUUUCUAUAGGAUAUAGGCUUUUUACACUGAAAUAUAUGAAGAAAAUUGCGUAGAGACACUGGAUUAGAUGCCUUUAUAGUCAAAUACAGCUGCUUCUUCUACUGCA